AACUCGAUCUGCUUUAAUUAAUUUCCCCUUAGCUAAGCUUGUUUCUACUACGUAUAUAUUCAUUGUUCCCUCAACUCUGCACUCAUCACAAUUAUACUCCCAUGCACCAACACCAACUUCUUUAGUUCUUCUUCUUCUUCAAGUACAAUAUAUUGUUUUUGAGGACAAGUACAAUAUAUUGUUAAUCAUUCAUACGUACAAAUUUAGCUUUAAUUAUUGCAUUCAUUUAAUUAACUAGUAACAGACAAUAUAAUAUCAUGGCGAUGACUUGUCAAGCUGGUGUAGCAGUGAUCCUAGUAGCCCUCUCCGUGGUUGCUUCAGCCCUUGCGGGUGGGCCCGAUGACUUAUCGAGGGCUUCCCAUGUCGUCCGGGGCACCGUCUCUUGCAUCGACUGUGAUGAUAAUGCUGAUGGCCAUCAAUACCAUCUUUCAGGAAUCAUGGUAUCGGUGAAGUGCGGUGGCGGGAAGCAGGGCACGGUGGCAACAACAAAAGAAGACGGCAGCUUUGAGACGACGACGACCUCUCAUAAUUCACAAUCCGGCGGCUGCCAUGCCAAGAUCCUUGGAGGAGCCCAUCAAAUCUAUGUUCCAAAGGAAACCUCAGAAGAAGCAGCUAAGACUACGGCGGAACCACCAGCUCGCCACGGCGGCGGCAGCUACACAAUCGUGGAGCCGCUAAGGUUUUACAGCCGAUGCCCCAACAAGAAAUGUGAAGCUGCGGCGGGUUCGGAGUUCGGGUCGUCCAAGCCCAUUGAUCUUCCUGACCCCAGUGAAUGGGGACUUGCUCCGACUACCGAUUACAUGCCUUUUAUUCCCAUUAUUGGCAUACCCUAAUUGCCUUUAUUAUUAUUAAAUUACUUGUAUUAUU